UCCGUGCCACCAGAACUUUUUCGGAACGGGUUUCGGCUGCGUUCAAUAAACCCAGACCCUCGAAAGGCACUCGGUUCGGGACUAAUAAACCGAUUUUAAGAACCAGCUGGCGAUUAACUGACUCCGCGAAACCUCCAUAAAUGUCAGAACCCGCAGAUAUGCGCUUAUCGCAGCACUGCGAACGCCGCUGAAAUUGGGGGCCGCAAAAUCUGAUAUCAGCAACAUGGAUUUCGAGGAGAUUCUAGCCAAGUGCGGCAACAACGGUCGUUAUCAGUUUCUAUUGCUGGCGCUCUAUGGCUACCUCAUGGUUGUCGUAUCAAUGCACUAUUUCUCGCAAAACGUCAUUAGUUUUGUUCCCGACCACUGGUGCUAUCACGAACAGCUGGAGAAUCGCAGCUUCGCCGAGAUCGAGGCGAUAUAUUCGCAGUUUGAAAGGCCCUCGUGCACGAGACUGGAAAAGAUUGAUGAGGAUGGGCAAAAUCAUACGCUGAGCACAGAGCGCUGCAAUCGGUGGAUCUACAAGUACGACUUUGGAUAUAGAAGUAUGAAUACGGAGCUAAACUGGGUGUGCGAUGAGGCUUAUAAGCCACGAGUGGGUCAGUCGCUGUUCUUUGUGGGUUCGGUGUGCGGAACUCUGAUCCUUGGCCUCCUUGGAGAUCGAAUAGGACGCAUUAAGGCCUUGAUUUUGGCCAACUGGUGUGGCUUCCUUGGCGAUUUCUCGACCAUAUUCGCCAACAGUCUGGUUUCGUUCUCAAUCAGCCGUUUUGUAUCUGGAUUGGCGGCCGAUGGCAACUCUUAUCUCAUGUAUAUACUGAUUCUCGAAUAUGUUUCACCCUCCUUGAGAAACGUUGGUCUUAAUACGGUUUUGGGAAGUUUUUACUGCCUUGGCUUAAUUGGAGCCUCCUGGCUGGCCGUUUGGGUGGGCCACUGGCGCAUUUUCCUGGCCUGCUCCUCGUUUCCCCUCCUGCUGGUUACUCUUUUCUACUUCCUCGUCCAGGAGAGCGCCCAGUGGCUGGUGACGCGCAACGAUAUCGAUGGAGCCAUUAGGAGACUCCAUCGUGUGGCCAAGAUCAAUCGUCGCCAGGUGGCCGAUGAUGACUUCAGGACAUUUCGUAGCUACUGUGAGCAGCACUAUCGCAAGGAUGUAAAGGAGGAACAAUGUCAAGUUAAGCUGCUGGACAUGCUGAAAACGCCGCGCAUGCGCAGCACGGCAUUUAAACUGCUGCUCAUUUUCAUAAUUAUCACGCCCUGCUACAACACCAUCGCUCGAAACGUAGAGGGUCUGGGGAUAUCGCCCUUCAUCAUGUUCUCGUUAAAUGCACUUACCCUGCCGCCCUCGGGAUAUCUACAGGGUCUGCUGCAAGAUCGGCUUGGACGCAAGGCCACCGCGGUCAGUUGGAUGACCAUCACAGGACUGUUUGCCGCCGCCGCUGGUCUGGUGAUAUCGCAAGGGAGCAAUCAGAACGUGGUGCUGCUAGUGGGUCUAACAUUGGCGGCCAGAUUUGGUGUUUCCAUCGCCGAUGGUGCCAGCUCGCAGUUCUCCACCGAGCUAAUCCCCACCAGCGUGCGGGGAAGGGGAGUGGCGGUGGUGCAUGUGGCUGGAUUUGCCGCCUCCUUUCUCUCGCCGUAUAUCCUUCACCUGGGUACUUACUUCAAGCCAGCUCCCUCGAUUAUCUUGGGGCUUCUUUUCCUAUCGGGAGCUUACGUGUGCCUGCUGCUGCCCGAGACUCGCAACAAGAAACUUCCCAUGUCCUUGGCCGAAGGAGAGGAGUUCGGUCGGGGAGAGGGUAUAUUUGACUUUCUUACAAACAUGUUGAAAGGAAAAAGCAAAGAGACCGCGGUCGAAAUGUGUACCAAGGAGGAGGACACUCUGAUGACUAAGCCUGUUCAGCAGUAG